UCGAUUUAAACAGCAGCAUUGAAGACUUAAAAUACAUGAAUAAGAAAAUGACUGCGCAAUUACUGGAAAUGCAGAAAGUAAUGGAGUUGUCUGAGGAGUCCUAUCUGCAAUUGACAGAUGAUAUUGUAGAGCUGAGAGGCAGACUGGCAAGCAUGCAGAAGCCUUUAGAAAACUACAAAUAUAUAUGGCGUGAACUUGAAGACACCAAGAAUAAAAUGGCAAGCUUGCAUGAAGAGAAUGGUGUGAUCCGUAAAUGUGUCGCAAGUCUGAAAGAAAGCGUGAAGUCCCUUGGUAUAAAACUUGUUUCGCUAGAGGAGAAUACAAAAGCCCACGAGGAAAGAAAUACUUUUGUGUUUGAAGCAUUAUUGUUUCUGCGUUCAAGGGAACACUUUAAGAACUUUUUACUGGAAAUAGUCUCUCAGAAGGAUAGCAUGUUGCAAGCCCUGAUGGGAGAAAUUGAGCUGAAACAGAAAAUGGGUCACUUGCUAGUAACUGUAUUACAGACUUUGGCCAACUUAUGCCCAUUCAUUGAAAAUUGGAACAAAGUCCUACAAAGAUUAGAAACAUUUCUGGAAGGGCCACAACUUUGGAUGAAAUCACCUCGCCUUAAUGUUGAACAUCAUGAGGAGGAGGAAUUGGGCGAAACAAAUGAACAAUUGGAACAAAGCACACUUGAAGCAGAGUUUCAAGCUUCCACAAACUGUAUGAUGAAUUGUGACAGUUGCUGCUUUGAGAGAGCGAACAUCAGAACUUCCAAAGAGUACUGUGGAGCCAAUCUAAGCAAAAAAGCUUUGCAAAAUGUAGAUGCCAUCACUUUCAGCAACCAAACAUUAACACAAACGCCAGAAAAAGACCAAAUAUUGGUACAGUGUCAGACCUGGAAAAAAUUGUUAGGAGGGAAAAAAUGUUGGAAUCCAGAAGGAAGGCUGGAAGCCAUUUUGGAAAUUUCUAAGAUAUUGGCAAAUGACAAGAAUACUGUGUUAAAUGAAAAAAAAGAGUCACGUAAAGAGGAACAUAAAAUUCAGCCAGAACAGAAGGGAAACCUAGCUGCAGCUAUAAAACUGAAAGAAUUGGUUCUUAGAAUUCUCAAAGAUCUCUGCGAGGGUGUAUCAGAAAGCAAUGUGACAAAUCUAUACGCCCAACAGAUGAUAAAAGUACUUCAGCUGUGGAUUUCUGAAGGGGAAGGAAACUUUCUGUUUCAGGAAAACUCAAAAGAAACAAAGGAGAAUUUUCAAAUGGACAAAAGGAUGCCAAACUUCACUCAGUCUGCAGAACCAACAAAGUGUGAGGAGUUGAAUCACAGCAGUGACAGCGUAACAUUCGUUGGCAUGAAAAAUGAGCUACCCCAUUGUUUUUCAAUGGCUCAUCAAUGUUCAGCACAUCAAGAAGACAACAAUAGAAUGAGUGAUGAAAAAUACUCUGAAAUGGAAAAACCUGCAUUGCUAAUGAAAAACAGAAAACCCAGCAAGAUUUAUCAGAUUCCCAGGACUGGACUGGAGAUCAAAGUGAUAGAAGAGCUUUCUAUUUCAUGCCAUAGUGAAUUGAACUACAGAAAAGUAUUGAUUUCCCCCCAUAGGUUUGUUUAUUUCCUUGUUGGGAAUAAUAGUCUUCAGAGUUAACUCACAUCUUAUUUAAAUCUGCUGUAAAUAAAUGUACCAAGAAGAAUGCUACCCAUUCUCCUAAUCAUUUAAAAUCCCAAGGAAACAUGAAUAGGAUUACCAUGUAAUUGG